GUGGCUGUUAUAAUCGCGCCGUGGCCAUUCGGAGACCGACAGCGUUAAAAGCUACGAGAGUCCGUACGCUUUACAAUUAACGUUACCCACAAAAAACUAAACAUGCCGCGCGUGUACGUGGGCAGACUGAGUUAUCAUGUGAGGGAGAAGGACAUCCAGAGGUUUUUCAGCGGCUACGGGAAGCUUUUAGAGAUCGAUCUAAAGAACGGGUACGGGUUUGUGGAGUUCGAAGACACCCGUGAUGCAGAUGAUGCCGUGUACGAGUUGAACGGUAAAGAGCUGUGCGGGGAGCGUGUGAUCGUGGAACACGCGAGGGGACCCCGGCGAGAUAGAGACCGAGACAGAGAAGGAUAUGGUGGGGGAGGUUAUGGGGGAGGUGGCCGCAGCAGUAGUGGUUACAACAACAGCAGUAGUAGCAGCAGCAGCAGCAGGAACCGAAGUGGAAGAGACAAAUAUGGACCUCCGGUUCGCACAGAGUAUCGUCUCGUAGUGGAGAACCUGUCCAGUCGCUGUAGUUGGCAGGACCUCAAGGACUUUAUGCGUCAGGCUGGAGAGGUGACUUAUGCUGAUGCCCACAAAGAACGGACAAAUGAGGGAGUCAUUGAGUUUCGCUCUUACUCUGAUAUGAAGAGAGCCUUGGAUAAGUUGGAUGGCACCGAUAUCAACGGGAGAAAGAUUCGUCUUGUAGAGGACAAGCCUAGACGUCGUCGUUCUUACUCUGGGAGCAGGUCAAGGUCUCGUAGCAGACGCCGCUCUCGCAGCAGGAGCCGCAGGAGUUCACAAAGCCGCUCAAGGUCCAGAUCACGGUCAAGGUCCCGAAGCAAGAACCGCUCUCGCUCCAGAUCCGGCCGCAAGUCCCGUUCUAGAUCAAGGAGAAAGUCCCACUCCAAGUCCCCGGGGAAAUCCCGCUCCAGAAAGUCCAAGUCACGCAGCCGUUCUGCUAGCCCCAAGUCCCGCUCGCGGUCCGACGCUCCCAAGAGCCGAUCCAAGUCUCGAUCCAAGUCUCGAUCCAAGAGCCGAUCCAAGAGCCGAUCCAAGUCUCGAUCCAAGAGCCGAUCCAAGUCUCGAUCCAAGAGCCGAUCCAAGUCUCGAUCCAAGAGCCGCUCAAAAGCAAAGUCUGAGAGAGAUUCCAGAAGCCGAUCCAAGGAGAAGUCCAGAAGCCGCUCCGUCUCUCCAAGGGAGAAUGGUAAUGGAGAGCGAGCAAAGUCGACUUCACGUUCGCCAUCUCCUAAAGGGGAUCGUCAUCAGUCAGAGUCACCCGGCAAGCGUUCCCCAUCUCGGUCCCCUUCACGAUCAAAGUCACGUUCAAGGUCUGCCUCGCAAGACUAGGGUGUCUUCGAUUCCAGAAAAUGGUUUGUAAUUCACAGCUCAGUGUUAAAUUGGUCGUUCACGGCGUGUGAGCAUUCAGCAAAUGCUUAAAGGCUGCAUCCCAAUGUAAUAUUGAUUACCAUGCUCUUUCUGAUUGUAUCAUUGCAUGAAAACGAUUUCGAACCAGACCCCCCACACCUCCCAGAGAGUCUGUAAAGACCCAUUGCUUGUUGCUGUAGUGUGUGGUUUGAGGAGGAUAGGACAUUACUAGACUCGAUUGGAUAAGUGUCAACAUUAGCAGCUGUCUAUGAUGUGUUCACAUGUUUAAGAUGUGAUUGAGUGAUUGGCUACAAAUGCUUCCUCACUGUAUAGUCAUUUUUUCCUUACCUGAGAGCUUUCUGUUAGUGCUUCUGCUUAAUCUUGAAUUGUCUUAGUGAUGUUACUUGAGGUUUUAUAAAGUGUGACACAUUACUGCACUUUCAGCCUGAUUUCUUUGUCCAGGAUUGAUCUCAUUUUUAAAUGGGUUUUUGAAUAUUUUCCACUGUUUUAGUUGAAUAAACAUUUAAUUGGGUUUUCAAUCUCGCUGCUUUUGUC